AUGGUGUCCUACUCUCUUUCUGAAAAUGCGUACCUUAAGAUAUUCUUUCACGCGGCGAAGCAUCCCCAUCUGCCAGUGAACGGCGUUCUGCUUGGUAGACAAACGUCAGAUGUGGUUGUGAUCGAAGAUGUCAUCCCACUGCUUCACCACUGGACCAGCCUCAGUCCUAUGAUGGAGAUUGGACUUGAUUUAGCGAAAGGACACGCUGAAGCACAAAAUAUGACUCUAGUGGGAUAUUACCAAGCAAGCGAGAGGCUAGACGACACCGCUCUUGCCCCUGUUGGCGAGCGAGUUGCGCAAAAAAUUCGUGACCAAUUCAACGAUGCAGUUGCAUUUGUUAUCGACGGCGACAAGUUGGGAACAGGGGAUCCAGCUUUGAUCCCGUAUCUACCACAGCCAUCCACAUCAUUCUGGCGGCCAUACACGCCACAAAGUUCCGCAUUCACAACAGGAUCAAAUUUCUCCCUGGCCAAACCUGAUUCACCCUCCCGCGCUAUCACCCUCGUUCGUGAUCAUAAUCUUCACGAGAAAUUCGGAGAUUUUGAUGACCAUCUGGAGGAUGUAACGAUAGAUUGGUUGCGAAACAACGCUUGUAGAAUCGCAGCUGCAUUCAAAGGUACCCUGGUUCAUUGCCCUUCAUUAGGGCAACUUGAAGUUCUCAAAGAUCAUGUUUUGCUUGUAGAUCACCAAGGUUUUAUAACCUAUGUAGGACCUGCUGACUCCGAAGCAUCUCAGGAAUUUCUGGCAAAAAUUGACAUCUCUAUUACAAACAUACCAUCAGGAGGUUUUUUGCUCCCGACGUUCUGCGAUCUGCAUCUCCAUGCACCACAGUUCUUGUUCCAGGGAACUGGUCUCCACCUUCCGCUGAUGCAGUGGCUAAAUGAGUACGCAUUCAAGUCUGAAGAGAGCUUGGACAACCAACCGGAACUUGCGAAGACAGUUUAUUCGCGUCUCGCAGAACGCCUAAGAGACGCUGGAACUGGCGCGGUUCUGUUAUUCGGAACGAUUAACAGCACAGCCAAUCUGAUCCUUGCAGAAGCAAUGCAAAGAAUUGGUAUACGAGCGCUCGUGGGGAAAUUGUCCAUGGAUAUCUCAUCUCGACCCUCAUACGUAGAACCCUCCGCUCUAGCCUCAUUACGCUCUGCCGAGGAAUUCAUCGAUGGCUGUCGUGACCUGGUUUCAUCUUACGAACCACACAGACGUCUCGUCGAACCUGUGAUCACACCACGGUUUGUACCUACGUGCUCGGACGAUCUUUUGCAAGGGCUCGGGAAACUAGCUCGUGACAAAGGAGUACGAAUCCAAAGUCACCUGGCGGAGGCUCACGAAGCGGUGCAAUGGGUUUUGAGCGAACGCCGCAAAAACGAUAUUGAUGUUUUUGACAAUUUCGGUUUACUCACAGAUAACACCAUUCAAGCCCACUGUACAUUCUUGGACACAGACAUGCUGUCUCGCAUGUCUGGUAGUUGUUCUGCAGUAGCACAUUGUCCUCUCUCGAACUCGUAUUUUUCAGAAAAGCCGUUCCCGCUCCGUGAAGCAUUGGACCUCGGCGUACCUGUCGGUCUUGGCACGGAUAUUGCUGGUGGAUAUAGCAUAGAUAUCAUGAACAGUAUGCGGCAGGCCGUAGCUGUCUCCAGGAUAAGAGACGGUACAAGAAAACUGUCCGACAGCGAUGGAAAAUCACUCGCAGUCGAUUGGAAAGAUGCGUUGUAUUUGGCUACGAGGGGAGGAGCCACUGCACUUGGCCUUUCAUGUGGAGUCUUCCAAGCUGGCGCUCCUUUUGACGCUCAAUGCAUCGAAGUGUACAAGGAUAGUGACAAGGGCGUUGGUGCGCUCGAUUUCUUUGAGCCACAGUCAGGCAUUACACUGGAUUUGCUGGAGAAGUGGUGGUGCAUUGGAGACGAACGGAAUAGGCGUGGCAUUUGGGUACAGGGGCAAAGGUUGGAUGCGAAGAAUGCUCCGGAGCGUGCAUGA